GUAUGAGUGUUGCACAAUAUCACUGACCAUGAACAAGAUGAAGAAGAAGCUGCCUGAGCGGAUCCUGAAUCACAUCCUGGAGAUUCUCUACCUGCUGACGGGAGAGGAAUGUAUAUCCCAUUCACAAUAGCUCAUGGACUCUCACCACCACAAAAUAAAUGAAUUUAUCAGCGCGUGACUAACUCACUGACAGCGAGUCACAUGACCGGGGACAAGGUGACGACAGAGAGAAUACUGACGCACACCCUGCAGAUCAUGUACCUGCUGACCGGGGAGGUGCCUAUAAAGUAUGAUGAUGUUGCCGUGUAUUUCUCUAUGGAGGAGUGGGAUUAUAUAGAGGGACACAAGGAGCUUUACAAGGACGUCAUAAUGGAGACUCGCCAAGCACUAAGGACUAUGGAGAUCCCAGGAAAUGAGAGCCCAGGUCACACUGAUGAACAUCUAGACACAACAGCACAUACAGAACUUGUACAGAAUAUUCAGCCAGUGGAGACCCCAUCACACGUCUCUGCAGGUGAAAAUGAUACUAAGAUUUCAUGUAAAAUGGAGCAAAUGGAAGAUCAGAGGCUAAGAAAUAUUCCAGAAGCUGCAAGGCAGGAAAUAUGUGACAAUAUUAGUACAGGUGAAAUCACAAACAGCAGUAAUCCUAGUCAGGAUCAGAGUGCAGAUACUUCUUUAAAUCUUCUUCAAAAUCAUAGAAACCAUGUGAGAAAUGUAUGUUCUGAAUAUGGCAAAUGUUUUCUCAAGAAAUCACAUCUUUAUAGACCACGAAAAAUGCAUAGAGGAGAAAAUCAAUUUUCCUGUUCUAUAUGUGGGAAAAGUUUUACCCAUAAAGAAAAUAUUGUUGCUCAUCAGAAAAUUCAUACAAGAGAAAAUAGAUUUUCAUGUUCUGUUUGUGGAAAAUGUUUUACCUGGAAAUCACAUCUUAUUGUCCAUCAGAAAAUUCAUACAGGGGAGAAAGCAUUUUCAUGUUCUGACUGUGGGAAAUGUUUUACUCUGAGAUCAACUCUUAUUAAUCAUCAGAAAAUUCAUACAAGAGAGAAAAGAUGUUCGUGUUCUGACUGUAGGAAAUGUUUUUAUCAUAAAUCGAAUCUUAUUAGACAUAAAAAAACUCAUACAGGAGAGAAGAAAGCAUUUUCAUGUUCUGACUGUGGGAAAUGUUUUAAUCAUUACUCAGUUCUUAGUAGGCAUCAAAAAACCCACACAGGGGAGAAAGCAUUUUCAUGUUCUGACUGUGGGAAAUGUUUUACUAUGAAAUCAUCUCUUAUUAGGCAUCAGAAAAGUCAUUCAGGAGAGAAAGCAUUUUCAUGUUCUGAGUGUGGGAAAUGUUUUACUCUGAGAUCGACUCUUAUUAAUCAUCAGAAAAUCCAUACAGGAGAGAAAGGAUUUUCAUGUUCUGACUGUGGGAAAUGUUUUAAUCAUAGAUCGAAUCUUAUAAGGCAUAGCAAAACUCAUGCAGAACAGAAAGCAUUUUCAUGUUCUGACUGUGGGAAAUGUUUUACUCUGAAAUCAUAUCUUAUUACACAUCAGAAAUUUCAUACAGGGGAGAAACCAUUUUCAUGUUCUGAAUGUGGACAAUGUUUUACUCUGAAAUCAACUCUUAUUAGGCAUCAGAAAACUCAUACAGGGGAGAAAGGAUUUUCAUGUUCUGACUGUGGGAAAUGUUUUACUUUGAAAUCAACUCUUAUUAACCAUCAGAAAACUCAUACAGGGGAGAAAGACUAUUCAUGUUCUAAAUGUGAGAAAUGUUAUACUCAGAAAUCAACUCUUAUUAGGCAUCAGAAAACUCAUAUUAAAGGAAAGUGCUGAUGAUGAUUACCUGUCGUCCUCUGGAGCAUGUAGUUUUGGAACGGUUUGAGGCCCCUUCUGCACUUCAAGCAUUUAUGAGGUGAUCCAGUAUAUUUAUAAUUUCCAGGAAAAUCCAAGGUCCCUAUAUAGGUUUGAAUAGAUCACCUGGAGUCCCUUUGUACAAAUUGAAGUUAUAAAUAUAGCCAAAAGCCUUUUUAUAUAUGAUGCAACUUGAAAUUUAAAUAUUGUUGAGGGUAUUAUAAUCAAGUGAUUAUAGAAGUGACAGUAUCCCUAACUUGAAUUAAAAUCGACCAGGUGUAUAUGUGUACAGGGUGAGCCCCUACAUUAAUAUAAAAAAAUGCAGGAGGGCUCCAAAAGCCCUUGUCUGGAUUAGUAUAGCCCCUAACAUUAGAAAAUGCAUUGUGUUGAAAUAUAACAAAAAAUAUUUAUUUAUUUUUACUUUUGAAGUUCAAUUGCUAAUUUCUGUAGAAAAGCACCGUGUUAUUUCUGCUGAUUUUAUAAGAAAAAAAACACUAUAUUGUUUACAACCAUGUAUAUUAAAAUUGUAAUAAAAAUAUGCAUUCUUUCA